GGAGCUAGUCGGACGUAGUUUUUGCCGCAAAAAUCAUAUUUGACACCAAAAUAUAAUUACCACAUCACAACCGAGAUUUUAAAGACAAGAUGGCGACUGGGCGAUAUCAAACUCCAGACUCCAGUGAGGUGCGUUUGUCCUGCAGUCUGUGCAUGGAGUCCUAUCGUGGUCGCACCCCCAAGCUGCUGCCAUGUUUUCACACCUUCUGUCUGCCGUGUCUGGAAACCAUGGCUGCUGCAGCAGCUUCCACAAAAUCGUUCUCAGACGAAACAAACGCAGAUGAAGACAAGAAGAGUGGAGAAGAUGCCGUCAUAGAUGAGGAACAAAGCAAAACAAAGACCUUCCUGUGUCCGACGUGCCGUGCCUCCGUUGUUGUGCCUGAGGGUGGAGUAAGUCAGUUACAGACCAACUUCUACGUGGACUUUAAUGACUCGUCAGAUGUGACUCUACCUGUGGAGUGUGACACGUGUGAGGACGGCAGCCGCGAGACAGCGACACACGAGUGCGGAGACUGUCGUCACAAGAUGUGCUCCCGAUGCAGUCGUCUGCACGCCAUGUUUGCUAAGGGUCAUCGCGUGCGACCCCUGGAGGCCGGUGUUACUGGCAAGGCCACCUCCAGAGUCGUGAAGACAAGAGAGUGCCCGAGUCACGCUGGCCAAUCGCUGUGCUUCCACUGUCGUCAGUGUGACGUCAGCAUCUGCCUGCACUGUAAGCUGACGUCACACGAAGGUCACGCCACAGAAGAUUUUAUGGCGGCUGUCACGCGAGCCAAAGGAGAGGUGACCAGACUUAUGGUGACUGCAAACCAGCAGAUCCAAGUGCUAGAAGCUGUACUGGGUCGUUUGGAGCGUGACACGCUAGAGUUAUCCCGCCAGAAACAGGAAAUGACGUCAAACGUGACUUCCAAAUACGAAGCGUUGGUGGCGUGGGCGACUCGUGCACGUGACGAGGCGCUGGAGGAGAUGGAGUGUGUGCAGCGUGCAGCACUGAAGGAGAUGGAGGCCGAGCGGAUUGUUGCGCGUGACACCAAACAGCUGCUGUCUCGCCUCGUGACGCGUGCGGCCUCUUCCUGUCACGCCGACGCCGACGCCGACAUCGUUCUUCACAAAUCAGAGCUGCAGGCGGCGCUGCUGGACGACGACGCUCUCACCCGAUACCGUCAACGGGGAAACAAGGAGGGUCACGUGACCUUUUUCACCUGCAGGUCAGACGACAAAGCCGUGCAGCUCGACCAGGUGAGAGACUUCGUGGGCAGACAGGAAGGACAGGACCAGGACAAGCAGGACAAGAUGGCGGUGAUGUCAAUGAGAGAACUCUCAGAAAAAGCUGUGACGAUGACCAAGUCAAUGGAGGAUUUGGGGAUGAACAUCACUAGAAUGAUAGAAAAUGCGAUAAGGCCGGUGUCAUUCAGAGUACGGCGAAGUGUAAACAUCAAUGUGACGGCAGGAAAUACUGUGAUGUUCGAUGUGGUCGACUUCAACGAAGGUGGAGGCUAUGACACAGCCACUGGUGUCUUCACAGCCCCCGUCACUGGAACUUACAUCUUUGUAGCCAACUUGUAUAACCAGGUGACUGCAAGUGGCUGUGGCUACUGCUCUCUCUCCAUAGACAGUAAGAUUAUGAAUUAUAUGAACAUCUCAAACAACGUUGGUAUGAUCCACGAUAUUGUCAGCCUUAAGACCGGCCAGAAAGUGUCAUUAGUACCAAACACACAGUUCACAUUAAACAAAAAUGAGGGUUACACAUUUUACACCGGUGCUCUGCUGUGUGCCACCCCAGGCACUGAGUGAAGUCAGUGAACACACACAAUGUGCCAACAUCAACAUUCUGGCACUGUAACAUGUCUGUAAAUACAGAAACUGUUUAUUACCUGUGAUCUGCAGAAAGACAUGUCUCAACCUUCAGUUCAUAACCUAAAACGAACAAUUUCACACCUGCUGACAGACUUACAAAAGUAACCGCUGAUACUCGUUUCUCAAACAAUUUCCACAAUCCCUUGUGGCCAAUAGUAUUCUUCUUUGAAACACGUGACGUCACUGACGUCUGCUUUGGUCACAAGUAAAGCGUCAGCUUACAUAAGGCGUUGUCAUAGCAACCUGCUGACUUUUACACACACAGACGUCUCCCCUUUAUUUGGUCAGGCAUCCGACAAUUCGAUGUUUAAAUAUUUCAUGCAAAUAUAACCCACUUGUUGUGCCAGAGUUCUUGGACUUAAGAUGCUUAAGCAAAGUUAACUAUAGUACGUGAAAUUUAUUUCCAUGUGUUUAGAAUUAAAAUUAUUUUAAUUAACAUACCGAUCACCUAUCUUGAUUUUACAGUCUUUCAAAAUUAAGUAAACGAAAUAUCUAUUUUGCCUGAAAUGAUGUCUAGUAUUUCCUUCAUAUUUGAUUAUCUUGUGUCAUAUCAAAUGUUACAGAAAGAAAAUGACAAGAAAAUGACUAAGAAAUACUGUGUUUCUUUGAUAAGGGAGAUAAUUUUUCUCCAUACGAUUUUUUUUUCAUGGUUACUGUUCUUGGUCGAUUUUGCUCCUAAUUGACUUUUGUAAAGGUUUUCUCAUUUCCUUAAUUGUAAAGAUUUGAACAUUAAUGAUAAACGAAUGAAUUUAUCUGUAGUCAGUUAAAAGUUUAGGUACAACAUUUAAAUAUUUUGCCUCAAAUAAAAGCAAAUGAAGCAAAU